AUGGAGGGAGCCACGUAUCUUAAUUUCUUUAUUCUGCUGCUACACGUGUAUUCAUCUGGGAAGCGUAAUGCUACCAUGCUAAUCGCUGCAAUCCUUCAAGUGCUCAUUGUAGAGCUUACUUUUGACGACAGCGACCGGUGGCACGCGCAGGCACUGGUGAUGCUGGUGCCAAGUCACGUUCCACUUUACACAGUACUACUUCGUGCGCAGCUUUAUUACAUGACAUUUGUUGCGACAUCACGAUUGCGAAUCAACCCGUUCCUUCAACCAUUCGCGAUGGGAUUUCUAAUUAUAAUGCUGACGUUCCCUUUUGAGAUGAUGGGCACCAAAUUUCUCUGGUGGACGUGGCAUGACACGGACCCACUUCUCCACUCACGUAUUAUGGGUAUUCCGUGCCAUGUCCUAUUUUACUACUACUUUUUUGCUUUUGCAUUUCUUUCUGUGCAUCACAUUUUAUGCAGCACUUGGCUUGUGGACGUGAAAUAUUCGAAUGUUCACUGGAAAUCUGAGUGGGGCUACGUGCUGCUGAUGCCGUUCAUCGCUACAAUAUUUGCUAUGUUUUUUCUCAUUUUAGGCUAUUAUGGGACUGUUUAUUUUUUAAAGAUUGAUGCACAGGCGAUGCUUUUCACUCUGAUGGGACUCAGCUCGUUGCUAGCAUGGUUGGCAGAUCGCGAGAGAGAUGACACUCAAAUUCAAAAACAGCUGGGACCUGAAGACGCCUACGAUAGCGACUGGCUCAACCCGUCUUUUGAUCAUGCUGUGAACCAAAUGGCAUUCUUGCUUUAUGCCUUUUUGAUUCUCCUGGUCUUGUUCAUCGACCCAACAGAAAUCGUGUCACUGGGCCUCCACCAGCCUCUAGGCAACUGCCUGGAAAGCGAGUCAUUUUAUUCGCACGUGGGGAUGCAGUUUCAUCGCAAGAAGUAUUUAUGCGUACACGAAUUCGAAGAGGAUUACAUUCUGUGCAACUACCCGGUGAAGCAGCUAUUAUACGAAGAUAUGUGGUACAUGAUCUGCGGUCGCAGCUACCAAAACUACCCGACCUACUUGAUGCUUAGCAUAAGUAGCUUCUUGGGCAUAAACAUGCUGCUCAUCCAGGCAGACGCUUAA